CCCGCCCAACCCAGCUGAGAGUCAACAUUAUCGUUGCAUAGCAAACAGACUGUGUGGAUAAUCUUUUAUAAGAAAUAUAUUAUUACAUUUGGAUUACAAUGCCCUUAUUUGAAGGGUUGGGUAGUGGAGGGGAGAAAACCGCUGUCGUCAUAGAUUUAGGAGCAUCAUAUACAAAAUGUGGUUUUGCGGGAGAGACGGGUCCCAGGUUUAUCAUACCCAGCGAAAUUCAGAAGCCGGGACAACAACAAUCAAUCAAAGUGGUCCAGUACAACAUCAACACAGAAGAGCUAUAUGCCAAUCUCAAAGAGUUCAUCCACACUCUCUACUUCAGGCAUCUGCUGGUGAACCCCCGUGAUAGGAGAGUUGUCAUCAUUGAGUCCAUCCUCUGCCCCUCCCACUUCAGAGAGAUCCUUACCAAGGUCUUCUUCAAACAGUUUGAGGUUCCCUCUGUGCUGUUUGCUCCAAGUCAUCUCAUGUCCAUCAUGACCCUGGGCAUUAAUUCAGGGUUGGUGAUGGAUUGUGGGUACACAGAGACACUGGUUCUACCUGUCUAUGAGUGUAUCCCCAUCCUGUCUGCCUGGGAGGCAUUGCCUUUGGGCGGAAAAGCCAUUCAUAAGGAGUUAGAGAGCCUGCUGGAGGAGCAGUGCACUGUAGACUCAGACUCCACCACAGGCCAAAGUCUACCUACAGUUAUAGGGUCCAUCCCAGAGGAGAUUGUGGAAGACAUCAAGGUCAGGACAUGUUUUGUCAGCGACCUGCAGAGAGGCCAGAACAUCCAGAAGGCAAAGUUUAACCUGGAAGGCACAGCUGAGCGUCCAACUCCACCCCCAGAUGUUGAGUAUCCAUUGGACGGGGAGAAGAUUCUUCAUAUAAAGGGACCAAUUAGGGAUUCAGUCAUGGAGAUGCUCUUUGAACAGGACAACGAGGAAAAGAGCGUGGCCACUCUGAUUCUGGAUGCUUUGGUCAAGUGCCCCAUAGACACAAGGAAGGCCCUGUCUGAGAAUCUGGUGGUGAUCGGGGGCACAGCCAUGCUGCCUGGCUUCCUACACCGCCUGAUGGCUGAGAUACGCCUCCUGGUGGAGAAACCCCAGUACUGCGAUGCCCUGGCCACCAAAACCUUUCGCCUGCACUCUCCACCUGCCAAGCCCAACUGCACAGCGUGGCUGGGAGGAGCGAUCUUCGGAGCCCUUCAGGACAUCCUGGGGAGUCGCUCCAUCUCCCGGGACUACUACAACCAGACGGGCCGCAUCCCAGACUGGUGCUCCCUGAGCUCCCCACCCCCAGAGUCGGUCUACGACGCCGGGAAGACCCCCCCUCCCCUCAUGAAGAGAGCCUUCUCCACUGAGAAAUAAACGCACAAGCAGUCAGAAUCCAACUUUCACACGACAGCAUUCAUCGACUCCACAAUUAUGUGGACUAACGGUUGUGGCUAAGCAGUUUGGUGGCUUCCUCUACUGAUUUUCUCACCUCGGUUUGGAGGUUAUAGAGAGGGUUGAUUAGAGAGGGUGACCAUAUGUUCUUACUUGUCGGCCAUCUUGAAUUCUCGAGCGUGGACGUAGAGAGGAAGCCACUUCAGACUGCUGAGAAACUCCCGACAUCUCACCCCCCUCACUGUCAAGUCCCAAGAAUGCAUCUGUUUCUGCGUGCCUCUUUCUGAGAGCCUUAGUGUUAUACAGCUAGCCUGAAGCACAUGAAGAGCCUGUCAUCUUCCAGCAAGAGUGCUGCAAAUUGAUUAGAUGUGCCGAUUCUCCGAGAGGUUAGAGUCCAUGAAAAGUGGCCCUUUAAGCCUUUGUUAACCUGGAGGUCAUGUUGACACUGCUGACUAGCCUUUAGGCUAGACGCAUGGAUCUGAUUCCCCUCUCUGUAUCCCCUGCCGAGCAACUCCCUUCAUGUUAAACCUCUUGCCUGAGAUUUAGUGAUCCUUUUGAUGGCGACUCCUAAGAAACUGUAGGUCAACCACAUGAGCAGUUGUUGUGAUUUUUCAUGCGUGCUAACUCAUAACUCCUGUAGAGAUUUGGCUUUGUGAAUUUGCCUUGUGUUCAUUGUAAAUGCAACUCCAAUACCAUGCUUCUACGCUACGAUUCAGUUUGAAUAAUUUGCCUUUAUUUAUUGUUUUAUAGCCAUGUACGGAUUUCCUAAUCUGCCCCCUCGCUCUUUAUUGAAUCAACAUUGCUAAAUAAACAUUCCUGGACCCCU